AUGAAGCUACUGGUGGUGGUUGCCGCUGUUCUGGCCGUGGCCAGCUGUGCCAGUCUCUCCGUGGAGGACCUGGAGUUCCACGCCUGGAAACUCAAAUUUGAAAAGACCUACACUUCUCCGUCAGAGGAGGCCCACCGCAGGCAGGUGUGGCUCAACAAUCGUAAACUGGUGCUGGUCCAUAACAUCAUGGCUGAUGAGGGCAUCAAGUCAUACCGCCUCGGCAUGACUUUUUUCGCUGACAUGGAAAACGAGGAGUACAGAAGUCUGAUCACCCGAGGCUGUCUGGCCUCCUUCAACUCCUCGAUGCCCCGCAGAGGCUCUGCAUUCCUCCAACGGCCAGGUGGCGCUGAUCUACCAACCGCUGUGGACUGGAGGGAGAAGGGCUAUGUCACCGAGGUCAAAGAUCAGAAGCAGUGCGGUUCUUGCUGGGCCUUUAGCACAACGGGUUCCCUGGAGGGCCAGCAGUUCAGGAAGACCGGGAAGUUGAUCUCUCUGAGCGAGCAGCAACUGGUGGAUUGCUCCGGAAGCUUCGGCAACAUGGGCUGUAUGGGAGGACUGAUGGACCAAGCCUUCAGAUACAUCAUUGCCAACAAAGGCCUGGACACUGAGGAGUCCUACCCCUAUGAGGCUCAGGAUGGGGAGUGUCGCUUUAACCCAGCCACGAUUGGAGCCACCUGCACUGGCUUUGUUGAUGUGACCAGCGGUGACGAGGACGCCCUGAAGGAAGCUGUGGCCACCAUCGGGCCUGUGUCUGUUGCCAUCGAUGCUGGCCAUUCAUCUUUCCAGCUGUAUGAAUCAGGCGUGUAUGAUGAGUCUGAGUGCGGUAGUACUGAGCUGGACCAUGGUGUGCUGGCAGUGGGUUAUGGUUCUGACAAUGGGAAGGACUACUGGAUGGUCAAAAACAGCUGGGGUCAUAAGUGGGGAGCCAAGGGCUACAUCAUGAUGAGCAGGAAUAAGCACAACCAGUGUGGCAUUGCCACUGCUGCCAGCUACCCUCUAGUCUGAAUAGGUCCAGGAGGUACUCUGAGAAGACUAGGACAACACUGACGCAUAAUUCACCUUGAUUUGCAUUGAAAGACCACAUUAGGAUACACGUUCAAAUAGCACACUGCUUUUCAUUUGUCAGCUGAGCACAAAGUAAUGCAGUGGCACACUCUUGAAUAACAUGCUUUUAUUUCUUU